AAAGUGCUGUUAAUUUUUUAAUCACAUUUAUUAAAAAAAAAUUGUUUUGAUUUUAAAAUCAUAAAUGGCAAAUCAAGUAAUCGAUAAUGUUUAUACAACGUGUUUUACACCUAGGGAGUAUCAAGUUGAGUUGUUGGAUGCAGCCAAAAAACGAAACAUCAUUAUUUGUUUGGGCUCAGCACCUACCAAGGCAUUUAUUUCAAUUAAACUUAUACAGGAGCUAUCUAAAGAUGUGCGACACAAUUCGAAGAAAACGGUGCAUAUUACAAAUGAACAGAAUAUCGAUGCAAUGGCCGCAUGUUUAGGGUACCUGACUGAUUUAAAAGUGAAACAAUUAAAAACAGUGGAUAAGGUGGAUAAAAAUGAGGAAAAUAGUGGUGACGAAGACAGUGACAGUGGUUCUGGUGAUGGUAAUGGGAAUACCGAUAAAGUUGUUGAUGUGAUAAUUAGUGCACAAGUAAUCGUUACAACACCUCUAGUAUUUAGUAAAUUAAUAACACAAAAUGAUAUUCAUCUUGAUUCAUUCAAUCUAAUUAUUAUCGAUGAGUGUCAUUCUGUUAUACAAGAUCAACUAUUUUUAAAGGUAAUGAAUAUUUAUGGUCAGUUGGAGAAACAGAAUCGACCACGUAUUUUAGGUUUAACAAGCUCAUUAUUUGAGGCGGGUGGUACUUUGUCGACAUUGGAGGCUGCGUUAGAGCAACUUGAGCGUACUAUACAUUCCACAGCAGAAACUGCAAGUGAUAUUGUCACGUUACUCAGAUAUUCGCAUAAACCACAUGAAAUGAUUAUCGAAUGUGGUCGACCAAUAUCGUGCGAUUUAUCCGAAUUAUUACGUGGUCACGUAUUUAAAGCACAACAGUUCCUAAACGAUCAUCGCUACGAUCCAUUUGAGAUGUACGAUGAAGAGUUUCAAGAAGAAUUACAACGGAUACCUGAUCCAAAAGAAGAACCCCAGACAAUAUUUAACGAUUUUUUGUAUGCAUUAGAUACUUUAGGUCCUUGGGCUGCAGAUAGAGCAGCAUUAGUAUUGCUCAUGCGUACAGAAAAGUUAAAAAUUCGUACACCAUACGAACGUCAUUUUCUACUCUUAUGUAUGGCAUCGUCGGUUCUGUUACAAAUUCGUUGCGCAUGCGACGAUUCAUUUGAACCAUACACCGAAUUAGAACGUGUUCGGUUAUUCUCAACACCGAAAGUGUUACGGUUAAUUGAAUUAUUUCAUCAAUUUAAACCAGAAACACCGCCAUCAACCGCCAAAAAAGAUGAUGACACAUCUACACCAACUACUGACGAUGUUACUGAAGUACCAUCGCCUGAAAUACCAACGUCUGAAAUACCAUCGCCAGAAAUACCACCUUCUGAAACACCACCGUCUGAAAUACCAUCAUCCCCUACGAAGAUUAUUAAAAAUGGUGAAAAUGAUACUGAAAAAUUGGAAGAGACCGUCGAAAUUGUUGAAAAUAGUGAUAAUAGUGAAACUAAAAUUGAUAGUCCCUAUAAAAACUGUGAUAUUAUGGCGAAUGCUGUGGUCUGUGAUAAAAAUGUAUUUGAUAAAAAUGUUGUGGUACAACAAUUUGAACCACGCGGUAGUCGAAACACUCGUAAAGGUGGACGAGGUCCAAGACGUCCCCCACAUCAUGCAAACAUCAAUCCAGAUGCAUUAUGUGGUAUAAUAUUUGUACACGAGCGUAUCACAGCACGAAUUCUAUUUUACUUGCUGUGCGAAUUAAGUCGACAUGAUCCCGAAUUAAAUUACAUAUCCGUACAAUACACUGUCGAUAAAUUCGGUGAGACAGCUGAUACUCGUGAAUUAGAAAUUGAACAUCGAAACCAAGAGGAAGUACUGAAAAAAUUUCGUAUGCAUGAAUGUAAUUUACUGGUGUCAACUUCAAUCCUCGAAGAAGGUAUCGACGUACCACGUUGUAACGUAAUUGUACACUUCGAUAAACCAAAAUCAUAUCGAAGCUACGUUCAUUGUAAAGGUCGAGCUCGAGCUUCUGGUGCAUAUCAUGUGUUCGUCAUCGACGAAGAUGCUCGAAAUGCUUUCGUACAAGAUUUAGCUGAAUAUUACGAAAUUGAGAAUAUAUUACUGCGUAAAUGUGCCAAUAAAGAGCCUCCCCAAAGCGAGGAAAUCGAGGCAGAUCAAUUUGUAAAUAAGGUUGCACAUUAUCGUCCGAAAAAUUCUGAGGCAUUUGUUAAUCUUUGCACAGCGAUUUCGUUAUUAAAUCGAUAUUGCGCACGGCUUCCUAGUGAUACUUUCACGAGGUUAACACCAAUAUGGAAUAUUUAUCCAAUAAAUCCAAAUGAUAUUGAUACCACUUAUCAGUGUUCAUUACGUUUACCGAUAAAUUCACCCCUCAAGCAGACAAUACUUGGUCCGCCAAUGAAGACGCGAGUUUUAGCAAGACGUAUUGCUGCGUUAAGGGCUUGCAAAGCGUUACAUGAAGCUGGAGAAUUGGAUGAUAAUUUAAUGCCCAUUGGAAAAGAAGGUUUUCGAGCAUCUGAACCCGACUGGGAUAAUUUUCCAUUGGAUACCGAUGAUGAACAAUUGGCAAAAGAUAGUUCUGAACUACGUCCUGGAACAACUAAGCGUCGUCAAUAUUACACUAAACGUAUUGCGGAAACAUUAAUUCACUGUAAACCGACAGUUGGUACACCUGCGUAUUUAUAUCAUAUUAAAAUGAUUUUAACUUGUCCUUUACCUGAAGAACAGAACACAAGAGGACGGAAAAUCUAUCCGCCAGAGGAUUCACCACAAGGAUUUGGUAUACUUACGCUUAAACAAAUUCCAAAGAUUUGCUCCUUCCCAAUUUUUACUCGCUCUGGGGAAGUGAACGUGGAAUUGGAGCUCUCAAAAACAAAAGUAAUCCUAAAUGAGGAACAAUUGAAGAAAAUUUGCGACUUUCUAAAUUACAUGUUUACGAGUGUUCUUCGCUUACAAAAAUAUUUAAUGGUUUACGAUCCAGAUGCGUCAGAAAAUUCAUACUUUAUUGUACCCACGUACAAGUAUAAAGAUGAGGAAGUGUUGGUUGAUUGGAAUUUUUUGGAUCGUAUUUACGAAAAUAAGAAUUUAAAACCAAAUAUUAUUCCGGAAGAGGAUCGUAAAAAUUUUAAAUUCCAUGCUUCCAAAUAUCAGGAUGCGGUCGUUAUGCCUUGGUAUCGAAAUCAAGAUCAACCGCAAUAUUUUUACGUUGCAGAAAUUUGUUACCAACUAAGUCCGAAAUCGACGUUUCCUGGAGCUGAUUAUUCGACUUUCGAGGAAUAUUAUUAUGAAAAGUAUAAUAUUGAAAUCCAAAAUUGUAAACAACCAUUACUCGAUGUGGAUCAUACUUCGGCUCGAUUAAAUUUUCUAACUCCACGAUAUGUGAAUCGUAAAGGUGUUGCGUUACCAACGAGCAGUGAAGAAACUAAACGAGCAAAACGCGAAAAUUUGGAGCAUAAACAAAUUUUGGUACCAGAAUUAUGUACGGUGCAUCCAUUUCCCGCGUCGUUAUGGCGUAAAGCUGUAUGCUUACCAUGCAUUUUGUACCGAAUUAACGCGUUACUUCUAGCUGAUCAAAUUCGUAUACAGUUAGCUCGCGAUUUAAAGUUGGGUAAAACUGAGUUAGAUAAAAAUUUCACAUGGCCUCAAUUAGAUUUUGGAUGGAGUUUAGCUGCUGUGCUUAAGAAAUCAAAUGAAGCGAAACAGGCGUUGUUAGAAAAGAAAGAACAGGAAAAUGUCAUCGAAGGAGUAACACCACCCGAUCCCGAAGAAGCUGAGCCAGAAGUAAUCGAAAACCCAAAGGAGGAAGUUAAAGAAACUUCGGAGGAAUUACCCGUAGAAAAACCAAAACGAAAAGAGUGGAUGGAAAUAGGUACCUGGUCGAAUGAAAUGGCGGAUAAUUGUAAAUCAAUAACGGAUUUUGGAUCCGGAUCGAGUGGUGAAGACGAUGAAUUCGAUGAAGAUUUCGAAAAUCGAAUUGUAGCGAAACCGGGAGUACGAUAUGGUUCCCCAACGAGUAUGUUAUAUACGAAUAAUUCGUACAGUGAUGAAUUUGAUUCAGAUUCAGAAAAUUCGCUAUCACUAGAAGAUACCGCGGAUGAUUAUCAAACUGGAUUACUUCGAAUCGAAUUCAAAGGUGAAAAUACGGCGGAAGCUAUUGACGAUGAUGAAACCGACGACGAAGAUAACGAACUAGCAAAAUUGACAGGACCUGUGUCAACAGUAGUUGAUACUUGGAACAGCGAACAAGUCCACAAAAAUUUGGAACUUGAUUCCUAUUUAGAUCGUUUCCAAUCCGCUGUAUCUGAACAUAAAAAUUUAAUUGUAUCGAAUGGAAUUCUAAUCGAAAAGAAUACCGAUAUUGUUAUCGAAAAAUCAUUUUCCAAGUUACAUAAACACGAUUUUCCUCAAAUACAAGAUUUCGACGAAAAUGACCCAGACUUAAUUCAAGUGCCAUCGCUAGAAAAUAACGUGUUUGUCGAGGAAGCGACUCACUAUUGUUGUUCAAAAGUUGAUAAUUAUUUCGAAAAACCCGAUCUGGAGUUAAAAUUUAAAUUCGAUGAACAGCCAGAAUUAAAUUCUCAUCCUGGCCCAAGUCCUAGCGUUAUUCUUCAAGCGUUAACCAUGUCAAAUGCUAAUGAUGGUAUUAACUUGGAACGCUUAGAAACAAUUGGAGAUUCAUUUUUAAAAUACGCAAUUACGACAUAUUUAUAUUGCACUUACGAAAAUGUCCACGAAGGUAAAUUGAGUCAUUUGCGUUCGAAACAAGUGAGCAAUUUAAAUCUAUAUCGUUUGGGACGUCGUAAAUCAUUUGGCGAGAGUAUGAUUGCGACAAAAUUCGAACCACAUGAUAAUUGGUUACCCCCUUGCUACUAUGUCCCUCGAGAAUUGGAGCAAGCAUUAAUUGAUGCGAAAAUUCCAGCAAUACAUUGGCACGGCAUGUCCGAUCAGAAUAUUAGUCGGGAUGAAUUUUGUAAAAUGGUCCGAGAACAAGGGGAACAUUUCGCAGAAAUGUUUUCCGUAUUACCUCAACAUCAUACACCCUGUAUUAUACCAUACAAUUUGCUAACACAACAAAGUAUACCGGAUAAAAGUAUCGCGGAUUGUGUGGAAGCGUUAAUUGGAGCGUAUUUAAUUGAGUGUGGUCCACGUGGAGCGUUGAUAUUCAUGGCAUGGCUUGGAAUUCGGGUGUUACCGAUACAAGAAGGAUCAUAUCUUGAUUUGUCGGAAUAUAUAACAAGACCUGCGGGUAGUUUCGAACCGGUUCUACAAGAUAAUCAAACAUAUCGCCAAACGGUUUAUGGUGAACUAAAGUUACCAAAAUCACCGUUGCUACGAUAUGUGGAUAAUCCAGAACAAGAGUUAGAUCGAUUACUCGAUGGUUAUGAAGCAUUUGAACGUGCAAUUAAUUAUAAAUUUCGGGAUCGAAGUUAUUUGCUUCAAUCAUUGACGCAUGCGUCAUACUUUCCUAAUCAAUUAACGGAUUGUUAUCAACGAUUAGAGUUUCUAGGUGAUGCGGUUUUGGAUUAUUUAAUUACAAGACAUUUGUAUGAAGAUUCUCGUCAACAUUCUCCAGGAGCUUUGACUGAUUUACGUUCUGCGUUAGUCAAUAAUACAAUAUUUGCGUCGUUAGCGGUACGUUAUGGAUUCCAUAAAUAUUUUCGCUAUUUAUCACCUGGAUUGCAUGACAUUAUUGAUCGAUUUGUACGGAUUCAAGAAAGUAAUGGACAUUUGAUCAGUGAAGAGUAUUAUUUAAUUGAAGAAGAUGAAUGUGAAGAAGCUGAAGAUGUUGAAGUGCCUAAAGCACUUGGUGAUGUAUUCGAAUCUGUCGCAGGUGCUAUAUUUUUGGAUUCGGGUAUGUCCUUGGAUGCAGUAUGGCGAGUUUACUAUCGAAUGAUGCAUGCUGAAAUUGAAUUGUUCAGUACGCAUGUACCGAAAUCACCGAUACGAGAGUUAUUAGAAUUGGAACCAGAAACAGCGAAAUUUGGAAAACCAGAAAAAUUAGCAGACGGUCGUCGAGUACGCGUCAGUGUUGAGGUAUUUGGUAAAGGUAUUUACAAAGGUAUUGGUCGAAAUUAUCGUAUUGCCAAAUGUACAGCUGCAAAAUGUGCUUUAAAGCAGUUACGACUUAAGUAUGGUCUUUUGGUCAAAAAGACUUAGUUUAAUUGUGUUAUUUAUCAAAAAUAUAUAAGGAAAAACCAUUGGGAAUGCAUUUGAAUUCCAUUGGGAAUUUAUCC